CACCAUACUAUUUAAAGAAGACAGCUACCUCAUAUAAUUAAUGGUGAUGAUAGCAGCGAUGUCAAAUCCAGUGGACAGUCUUUCAGAGGGCUCAGUGUAUGCAUCCAGGAUCGGGAUGACAACAGAGGACUCUCUCGCGGUCAUGGAACGAAACAGGAGCACAGAAGAGCCCUGGGACCUUGGAGAGACCAAACCAAAUGUUGAAGCCCUGGAGCGUGGCGUGCCAGGCCUCUACCUCUCCUGCUUUGACAUGCUCCUCACAGAGGACGCAGCCUGGGUGGUGAAAGUCUCUGAUGCCUCCACGGCACUGACUGUACCCACACCUCGCAUGGAGCCCCAGGAGGAGCCCGAGCAGUGCCCGGUCAUCGACAGUCAGGAGCAGGGGCUGUCUCCUGUGCUGGAGGGUCAGGAGGAGGAGCGCUCUCUGGAGCAAGUGCAGAGCAUGGUGGUGGGAGAAGUGCUGAAGGACAUCGAAACAGCCUGCAAGCUGCUCAAUAUCACACCAGACCCAAUAGAGUGGAGCACAGGGAACGUGCAGAAGUGGCUGCUGUGGACUGAGCACUUGUACAGGUUACCCCACGCAGGAAAGGCCUUCCAGGACCUGACAGGGAAGGAUCUGUGCGCAAUGAGCGAGGAGGAGUUUCGCCAGCGCUCGCCACAAUGUGGAGACACGCUGCACGCUCACCUAGACAUAUGGAAGUCAGCUGCCUGGAUGAAAGAGAGGUGCUCGGUUGGAGAAACAAAAACUACAGUUGUCGAGGAGCUCUGGUCGGAGGCAGACUCAUCUUGUUCCGGUCAGCCCAUCCACCUGUGGCAGUUCCUCAGAGAGCUCCUACUCAAACCUCACAACUACGGACGCUGCAUCCGCUGGCUCAGCAAAGAAAAAGGUAUCUUUAAAAUCGAAGACUCGGCUCACGUUGCCAGACUGUGGGGACUCAGAAAGAAUCGCCCUGCUAUGAACUAUGACAAACUGAGCCGCUCCAUACGUCAAUACUACAAGAAAGGCAUCAUCCGCAAGCCUGACGUGUCUCAGAGACUGGUGUACCAGUUCGUUCACCCAGUAUGAGUCAGCAGCAAACUGAGAAGACGAGGAGAAGUUCAAUCCUCCAAAACUCAAAGGACACACUCUCCCCACCAUGCACUUGAACACUUAAUCCUGAGCUGAUAAGGUGACAUGGUACACGUGCACUGACCAACCCCAAUGGUACACACUUCCUCUGCCAACACUGAAGCAACAGCUGGCAGCUGCUGCACGAAGGCUUAUCUUUGCAUCGACCGGGAGGAAGAGACAAAACAACGAGGCUGUUGAAGCAUUUUCCUGCUGCAGAAUAAAAACAACCACAUAAUAAAAACAGGAACAAAAAUUUAAAAAAUGAA